AUGACUUCUCAAUCUCCACCUUCGUACGGUUCCCUCCCAACCACCACACCUCCAUCCAACUUCCUCACCCGCGCCACCAAUACGACCACCACGUUCUUCGCCACGCGCCGCCCAUGGCGCGAAUUAAUGGAAUUCUCCUCCUUCACGCGCCCGUACUCCUUCGGCGAAGCAACAAUCCGAAUAAAAGGCAAUCUCUCAUACUUUCGCGUUAAUUACACUAUGAUAAUCCUCGUUAUCCUCUUUUUAAGCCUCUUAUGGCACCCUCUCUCAAUGAUUGUCUUCUUAAUCGUCUUUGUCGCUUGGUUUUUCCUUUACUUCUUUCGUGACCAGCCAUUGGUAAUUUUCCACCGUACGAUUGAUGAUCGUGUGGUGCUCUGUUUGCUUGGCGUUGUUACUAUUGUUGCUUUGAUUUUCACUCACGUCUGGUUAAAUGUCUUGGUUUCACUUUUGAUUGGGGCUGCUGUUGUUCUGUUACACGCUGCGUUUAGGAGAACUGAUAAUUUGUAUUCGUAUGAGCAUGAUUUGGCUGAUGGAGGUUUGCUUUCUGUUGUUGGGAGUCCUACGAGAGGUGGCUACACUCGCAUUUAA